UUUCAUUUCGUCAAAGGAUUCUAUAAUGAAACGCAUCACAGAGACUCAGCAUCUAAGAAGUAGUUUUGCUGAACCUUUGUUACCACUAAACUUGAUCAGUGUGAGCAAAAGAGUGAAAUAAAUCUCCCUCACCAACCUUCAACAACUCUAGAAUGACUUCUAAACCAAAAACAGUCAUAAGAGAUUCUUCUGUGAUAAUUAGAGGAGACAAGAAUAAAAUCACCCAUUUAUAAGUUUUAAGAAAAGAGCAUCUCCAUCGAAGAAAGUAAAUACUUCUUUAGCUAGCCUUAAGCAGAAGAGACCAAGCACUAUUCUAGAGACACUUGGGGGCAAAAUUGGUCGAAGAAUGAACCAAGAGAUGUCAAAAUAAAGAAUCUUCUUUUAUCCUUAAUAAUGUCAAAAGAGCAAUUCAUACAAGAAAGAGCAGCCCUACUUAUGCGAAUAAGUCAUUCGAUGCAGGAUGGGUACCUUCAAAGUUUGUCGACAAGUCUAAUCGGAAAUCAAAAUUUGUUCCCACAAAAAGGUCUGGGUCAAAUUUAUACAAUGAACCGUCACCUAAAUCCAAAAGGAAAAAUGCUGACAAGCUCAAGCUGCAAGAAAAGAGUAUCAGAAGAGAGUACGAAGAGAAGAUGAAUACCAUGAAAAAGAGAUAUGAAGAUAUGAUAUCGACUUUAAAAUCUACCCUCAGUCAAGCUUUGAAAAAUAAGAAAGAAUCAAUACAAAGUAAUAAGGAGAAAACUAGAGAAAUUGUAGUAAAAUAACACCCAAAAAUUAGUUCACAAAGCACAGAUUAGUAGCUUAAGGAAGAAAGUCAGUAUAAUCUCCAAGAAAAACAACCGUUUGGCGAUGCAGCUAGAAGAUGUGACUAUGAAAUUGCAAAAUGUUACAGAAAACCUGAGGCUUGCACAGAAAGAAUUACAUAGUCUUAAGUAUUAUGAGACCAAGCAUCAUAAUAUUGAUGUUAGCGAGAUGCAUAAAACUGUGAGAAACCUUGAAAAUGAGUUAGAGAUGUAUAGGAAAAAGAACGCUCCUCAAAAAGGAGUCAAAUUUACCAAUAAAAUCUGAACUGUGUGAAAGAGCCAGAUUGAUAAAUACAGUAACAGAGUCAAGAAAAUAGUUGUCCAAGGAGGAAGAAAUAGAGACCAUGCUUACCCUGCCAACGUCUUUCUUUCUAGUGAUGAAGAAGAGGACAGAAAAGAAAAACGAAAAGUACUAAUUGAUCAACAAGAGGGCAUCAUGAAGGAAGUCUUAGGUGAACUCAAAGGUUAUACAGUCGAUGUCGAAAGUUUCGGACAAACAGUAUCUAUCAAAGACUCUGAAGAUGACGAUGGCGAACCUUUUCUGAUCAUGAAAAUUAGUCCACCUAAUGAUAAAGAAUCAGAAAGGUUUCUCAAGAAGUAUUUAGCACUUUCUAAUAGUAAGAAUGAUGAAAAGCUCGAGAGGCUAAGUGAUAGUGACUUUGAUAGUGAAGGUGAAAAGCUAAUUAAACCAGGAGAUUUAUUAAGGGAAGCACAAAGUCCUAGCCCAACAUCAGUUAAUCGAUUUCUAGAACCAUCAUUAGGAAUUAAACGUCGAUUAAAAAGGCCAAAGAAUAUAUUUGCUAAGAGACCAAGCCAGAAAUUUGAUUUAAGAGAUGAUAUUGAAUCUGCUAUUCUUGAAAAAGGAAAUGCUUCUGCUUUGCUUCAAAAUAACUUCUAA